AUGGUGCCCCCACAGGUCGGCCACUCGGAGGUGGACGCCGGCCUCCCAGAGUCCCGUGUCCUCAUCAUCGGCACUGGAGGCACCAUAUGCAUGCAGGAUGGCCCCGACGGCCUCGCCCCGAGCGGCGGCUUCCUCGAGAGCGCCAUGGCCCCGCGGCCGACGUUCAACGACAUGUCUGCGCCCCAGAUCAAGCUUCAGGCGUACAAACAAGGAGAGCUCAUCUCCAUCGACUCUCUCCGCACGCCGCCCACGGCGCACCAGCGCCACAUCCGCUACGGCAUCCUGGAGUUUGACCCCCUCCUCGACUCCUCGUCCAUCUCCGCCGGCGACUGGGCCAACAUGGCCUCGGCCGUCCAGGAGAACUACCACCUCUUUGACGGCUUCGUCAUCCUCCACGGCACCGACUCCCUAGCUUACACCGCCUCCGCCCUCUCCUUCAUGUUCUCCAACCUCGGCAAGCCCGUCAUCCUUACUGGCUCCCAAGCCCCCAUCUUCGCCCUCCAGAGCGACGCCGUCGAUAACCUCCUCGGCUCCCUCGUCAUCGCCGGAACCUUUGUCAUCCCCGAGGUCGGCCUCUACUUCCACCAGAAGCUCUACCGCGGCAACCGCACCACAAAGGUCUCCGCCGCCUCCUUCGAGGCCUUUGCCAGCCCGAACUGCGAGCCCCUCGCAAACGUCAACGGGCUCGGCAUCAGCGUAAACUGGUCUCUCGUUCUCCGACCCACCAGCAUCGCCGGCUUCUCCGUCAACCGCCACCUUGACACCACCCAUGUCGCCUGUCUGCGCAUCUUCCCCGGCAUCAAGCCCGAGAUGGUCGACGCCGUCCUUCACCUGCCCGAUCUUCGCGGACUCAUCCUCGAGACGUUUGGCAUGGGCAACGUGCCCGGGGGUGUCGACGGCCGCCUCACUCAGGUCAUCAAGGCUGCCGUCGAGCGCGGAGUCAUCGUCGUCAACGUCAGCCAGUGCGUCAACGGCUUCGUCUCGCCCGUCUACGCCCCCGGCACCCAGCUCGGCCGCGUCGGCGUCAUUUUCGGCCUCGACCUCACCGCCGAGGCCGCCCUCGCGAAGCUUUCCCACCUGCUCGCCCUCCCCGGCCUCUCCAACGAGGACAUCGCCAAGCGCUUCUCCCAGUCCUUGCGCGGCGAGAUGACGGAGAUUGCUCACCCGACCUUCUCCCACCCCCUGGCACCGCUCGACGUCUCCGCCGUUACCAAGCUCACGCCGCAGGAGUCUGCCUUCGCCGCGCUCGGCUACGCCAUCCAAAACGAGGAGGUCGGCAUCGUCAAGCAGCUGCUCGAGGGCGAGGGCAGCCAGCUCCUCAAGACGGCCGACUACGCCGGGAACACGGCCGUCCACCUCGCCGCCGUCUCUGGCAGCACCGAGAUCAUGCUCGAGCUGCUCAAGCGCGGCGCCAGCGUCCACGAGCGCAACCGCGCCGACAACUCGCCGCUCUUCCUUGCCACCCUGUCCGGCAAGGAGGCCUGCGCACAGCUGCUGCGCUCGGCCGGCGCGCACCUCUCCGUCGAGGAGAUUGAGCGCGGGCCCCUCGCCAAGUAUCGACGCGAGAACCAUCAGUAA